UGACAGCGGUUGGUCCCAGGCAAAACAGAAACAGCGGUGUUUAUCGAGAAGAGUGUGAAAGGCGCGCGCCUACUGUAGAAGAGCAGAUAUUGUGCAUUUUCUUUUUAGACAAAGUUAAGCUUUCUCAGCCGUGUUAAGGUUUUAACUAUGUCUUCUUUUCCAACUGGGAGACAAACACCGAGCAUAUGGGUGUUGUGCGGCGCCGUCGUGCUGUGCCUGAGCUUUGUUAGCUUCGGGGAAUGCCAGACGUCUCCACCGCCGCCACUUCCCUGCUCUACUUUCAAAAAAUGUGACACCUGUGUUCCACAUGCUAAGUGUCUCUGGUGCUUCUCCACCAACAACUGCACAGAAUACCCGGUGACCUGGCUGCUGCCUCCAGCGUCGCUGUGCCAGUUGGCCGAGGCCCGUUGGGGAGUGUGUUGGUUGAACUUUGAAGCCCUGAUCAUUACCCUGGCCGUCAUUGGUGGAGUCAUCAUCAUCAGCAUUGUUGCAUGCUGCUGCUGCUGCUGCUGCUGCAAGAAGCGCCGGUCAAGGCCGGAUGGAGAUGAUGAGAGAUUUAUCAGGAGGAGAGAGGAGAUCAAACAGCGCGCUGAGGAACGGAACGUGGAGAGAAAGGCAAGGCACGAUCAGAUCCGCAAGAAGUAUGGUCUGAUGACUGACCCGGACCACCCAUACAGCAAGUUUGAGAAUGAGUGAAGCAGCUGCGCUGGAGGACUUCCACAGGCAGCAUGUGGAGCUGGCGCUUCGUUUUAGCUCGAGUGAUGCCCGAUGCUCACGCAAACCGCCAAACAAUGAGACAAAAGCCUCGUUCACAACCAUCCAAUCCAGACAGAAAUCACCCUUUUACAUUUUAUUAAACAAUAACACAAUCUUUACCCGUGCUGAGGAUGCAGUGUUGUGAGUUGAAGCUUGUUUUAAAACUUCCUGCAAAGUUCUUUUGCCUUCUUUCUUCAUGUGAGUGGUCUCUUUUUUAAAUGUUGUAGUUUCAUAUCAAUCUUUGCACUUUGUACAUAUAGAAUUGAUUUAAUAAAAAUCCCACAUAUUGAUUGUACCCCAGAUGUCUUCUGUCACAUGAAUACAAUACCUCUCUUUCAACA